AAUGUAAAAGACAAGCUUGAAACACCAAAAGUUGAUGACACUCUGAAAGGCCAAUUCUUUUGAAUUUUGAUCUAAAUAAAAAGAUCCAGGAGACAGCCUACAAAUGUCCCCUCAAGCAGUGCCAACUUCUACCAUCUAAACUAGGUUAAUCUACAUCAAUAAUGGAUAAUAAACAGUUAUCAUCCAUGAGAGAGCACCUUCUUCAAUUCAGCUUCCUAAUCAUAGCCUCUCUUCUUGUUCGUGCCACAUCGGAGAUCCCAAAGGCAUAUAUCGUCUACAUGGGGAGCACUGGAACUGAAAGAUCUGCAAAUCCAAGAGAAAUGAAAGCAGCACAGCUACGAUUGCUAUCAUCCAUCAUUCCAAGUGAGGAUGAAGAAAGGAUAAACCUGAUUCAAAGUUACAGCCAUGCAAUCAAUGGAUUCUCAGCAAUGCUUACAAAACAGGAAGCCAAUAUUUUGUCAAGUCGUGAUGAAGUGGUAGCUGUGUUCCGUGAUCGAAAUCUUCAACUGCAUACAACACGUUCUUGGGAUUUUCUCGAGGCCGAAUCUGGACUGGGAUCAGAAAGAGCGCACCGUAGAGCAACCAAUGAUGUAAUAAUUGGAAUUAUAGAUACAGGAAUCUGGCCGGAGUCACCUAGUUUUGAUGAUGAAGGAAUGACUUCAAUUCCAUCUAGGUGGAAAGGAACUUGUAUCGAAGGGUUCGACUUCAAAAGGUCAAAUUGUAACAGAAAGUUGAUUGGAGCAAGAUAUUACAGUGGUCAGCUUGACUCGAUUCCUUUUUCAUCAAGAAGCGGAAACCAUACGCAUAGCAUCGCCUUUACCGGAUCUCCGAGAGACACAGUAGGUCAUGGUACACACACUGCCUCCACCGCGGCUGGCUCCACAGUCGCCAAUGCUAGCUACUAUGGGUUAGCGAGAGGAAUGGCGAAAGGUGGCACCCCAAUGAGUCGACUCGCCGUGUACAAGACUUGCUCGCUUGGAGGUUGUGCCAGCUCGUCUGUACUAAAGGCCAUUGAUGAUGCCAUUAGUGAUGGAGUCGACAUAAUCUCGAUAUCCCUCGGGAUGAGCUCGGUGUUCCAGUCAGACUUUCUCAGUGAUCCCAUAGCCAUUGGAGCCUUCCAUGCCAACCAGAAAGGAAUAAUGGUGGUUUGUUCUGGCGGCAAUGAUGGACCGGACCCCUUCACUGUGGUGAAUACAGCUCCAUGGAUAUUAACUGUUGCAGCUUCUAGCAUUGAUAGGAGUUUUCAGUCCACCAUUGUUCUAGGCAAUGCAGAAGUUUUAGAGGGAGUUGCCAUAAAUUUUUCAAACCACACUCGAUCAGAAUCAUACCCUCUCAUCUUCGGCGGCGAUGCUGCGGGAGAGUUUACUCCGGUAUCAGAAGCAAGUAACUGCUACCCUGGUUCACUGGACAUGAAAAAAACAGCAGGGAAGAUAAUUAUAUGUGUAGAUAGUGAUCCAUCAUUAACAAGACGAGUGAAAAAAUUGGUUGCUGAAGAUGCUGGAGCUAAAGGACUAAUCCUUAUUGAUGAGGACGAGAAAGGGAUCCCUUUCGACUCCGGCAGCUUUGCCUUCUCAGAAAUUGGUAAUAAGGCCGGAGCUCAGAUCCUCCGGUACAUGAAGUCUAGCAAGUUUCCUGCUGCCAUCAUUCUUCCUACGAUCAAUGUGGACCAGAUUACACCAGCACCUGUUGUUGCCUACUUCUCCUCCCGAGGGCCAGGAGGGCUAACCGAGUCAAUUUUGAAGCCAGAUGUAAUGGCUCCGGGAGUUAGCAUUUUGGCAGCCUCCAUACCAAUAGAAAACAGGGAAACCACACCGCAGGGAAAGAAACCUUCGAGUUUUGCAAUAAAAUCAGGUACUUCCAUGGCCUGCCCGCAUGUUGCAGGUGCAGCAGCUUUUGUUAGGUCUGUGCAUCCAAGGUGGAGCCCCUCUAUGAUUAGAUCAGCUCUCAUGACCACAGCAAAGACGACAAAUAAUCUCGGAAGGACUUUAACAACUAGCUCAGGAGCAAAUGCCACCUAUCAUGAUAUGGGGGCAGGAGAAAUUAGCCCGUUGAGCGCUUUAAGCCCAGGGCUUGUUUUUGAGACGGGAACAAACGAUUAUUUGUAUUUCCUCUGUUACUACGGAUACAAAAACGAGGUCAUCAGAUCAAUUUUUGGCAUUAAGAAGUUUGAUUGUCCACCAAACCCAUCGACUGACCUCAUCUCAGAGCUCAAUUAUCCAUCCAUCUCUGUAGCGAUGCUCAACAGAAGAUAUGGUGGGGUGAGGACUGUGCAUAGGAGUGUGAUCAAUGUUGGACCGGCAAACAGCACAUAUGUGGUGCAGCUGGAAGCCCUCAAUGGACUUGAGGUGAAGGUCUGGCCUGAGAGGCUCUUCUUUGAGAGGAGAGGGAUGAAAGCUUCAUACCAAGUUACUUUUGAUGCAAAAAACGCAGGCAAGGGAUAUUGUUUUGGUUCAUUGACUUGGUCGGAUGGCGCUCACUUGGUUCGAACCGUUUUUGCCGUUAAUGUAGUUUGAUUUUGAUCUGCAAGGUUUCUACCUAUCUAAUAACAAAAACAGUAUAACAUGAAGUCAUAAAAUUUGUUGUUUGGUUGUCGUUUGUAGUUUUUUUCCUAUUUCCUUUUACCUCAAAUGCUUUCAGCAACAAUUUUUUGCAAAUAUGUGAUCUUGUAAUG